CUUCUCAUAAAAUUGUGUAAUCGAACAUUAUAUGAAGGACUAAUGCGGAGGAUUACAUUAUUUUUAACAGUUUGUCGCUACCAUUUUGUAAAUUCAUAUCUUUGCGCGUGUUUGAUGAUUCUGUUAUUCGGUCGAUUUUGUUUGGCUCAGAAUCCCAGAGGUAUCCCUAAAAGUAAAAUAAUACAUAAUAAUCAACCAAAGGGAGAUUCCAAAUGCGAUCCUUAUGGAAACCCAUGUAGAGAUGGCAUAAUAUUACCUAUGUGGAAACCGGACAUCUCCGAAAUGCAGAGAGAGUUAAUUAAAUUGAAUCAAAUCGAUUCUUCAUCUGCUUAUUACAACAAGUCAUUAUUUAAAAAUGUUAUGAGCUUAAAUAGACGCAAAUGGAAGUUAGAAAGACAAAUCAAAAUGGCCAUGAUCGGGAGGGGAUUCGUAUAUUUCCUUAGUCUCAUCUAUUUGUUCAUAGGGGUUUCCAUCGUGGCCGAUCGUUUUAUGGCGGCCAUCGAAGUUAUAACAUCCAAAGAAAAAGACGUAGCUCUUAAGAUGUCGGUAGGUGCACUGGAAGCUUUCCGCACUAAGAAACCUCCCAAACAAGAAAUAACUAUUGUCACCGUAAGGAUAUGGAAUGAAACCGUAUCAAAUUUGACCCUCAUGGCUCUAGGAUCUUCAGCCCCAGAGAUUUUACUAUCCAUAAUUGAAGUGAUCGGCAAAAAUUUUGAAGCUGGCGAACUCGGGCCUGGAACUAUAGUCGGCAGCGCAGCUUUUAACAUGUUCAUUAUAGUAGGGAUUUGUAUACUUGUGGUGCCCUCUUCACAGCUUCGCAAAAUUCACUACUUGAGAGUCUUCUUCAUAACCGCCAGUUGGAGCAUUUUCGCAUACAUAUGGCUCUAUUUAAUUCUAGCGGUGAUUAGUCCGGGACAGGUUAGCGUCACAGAAGCCCUGAUAACUUUCUUUUUUUUCCCUUUGACAGUUCUAACGGCUUACAUAGUAGACGUAAAAAUGUAUAAGCGCUGGCGGAUUGUUCCAAAACGAUACGAGGCCCAAUAUAGGAAAUCGAUGACCUAUAUUCCCGAUGAAGAAGCGCUCGAAAUGGAAAAUGUCGCCACAAUAGAUAAACAAAGAUUUUCUGUGGCUAGUGGCGAGGGUCAGAUGCUCAUGCCCCAUAAAGAUCAUUUUGGCGCCAGACGUAAAAUAUCGGUAUACAUGGACGGUACCGCUAAAAGUAUCCCUAUUUACGAAAGGACGAAUGGCGUGGGUUUGUCAGUCAUCGAUAAAAGCAAUCAACGCCAAUCCAUAUCAUAUUCCAUGCCUUCAAAAAGGAAAUCGACACUGCUCAAUUUCAGGAGCAUUCCAUUCUUCAAAAGUAUAUCUGAUGAUGUGCCUUUGUCUCCCGAUGCUGCUAUGAUUGGUGAUUCCAUCUCGAAUUCCGAUGAAGGGGCGUAUAGGGACUACGUAGAGUUUGAAAAAACUAGACAAGACUAUAUGAAUGCCCUAAGCGAGGCUAGAAAGGAAAAUCCAGACGCCGAUUUGCAAACUUUAGAACGUAUGGCCUCUUACAAAAUACUAAAUCGUGGCCCCAAGAGUAGGGCUUAUUACAGGAUACAAGCUACUAGAAAAUUACUCAGCAAACAGGGUAACGUGAUGAGUAAGACGAGAUUCCAGAAGCUGUCUAACUGUUUAUUCAGCGAUAAAAAACUUGGUUCCGAUCUUAAAACUAAACUGCCCAUCAUCUCGGAAGACGCCAGAUUAAAAGAAAAUAUCGAAAAAGGUAGUUUAUUAGGCCAAGAUGUGACUAGGGUUUAUUUUGAUCCGGGUCAUUACACAGUCAUGGAAAAUGCCGGAAAAUGUCAAUUAAGAGUGGUCAGAAUGGGUGGGGAUUUUAAUUCCGUUAUCAAAGUGGAUUACGAAACCAGAAAUGGAACAGCUAAGGCUGGAGAAGAUUAUGGAUCCACUAAAGGAACAUUGAUUUUUGAAAAAGGAAAAAUCGAGGCCACAUUUUCUGUACCCAUUAUCAACGAUGAACUAUUCGAAGAGGACGAAUAUUUUUACGUUGAUUUGAAACAUUUGAAGUUUGCCGAUGAUAAUCACCCUCCUAGUCCAACCGAAUCUCCAGAACCCCAAGAAGACGUAGAAGUUGGUUAUUCCAGGGAUUCUAAAUGGUAUUCAAAACUCUACAAAAGAAAAGGAACUCACGUUUCCGUAGAUCUUUCUUCUUCUUCGAGUCCCUCAUCGACUACAUCCCCUGCAUUGUUAAAGUUGGAUAAUCCCAGAACCGCUACUGUCAUGAUAUUCGACGAUGAUCAUGGCGGGAUAUUUGCGAUAGAAAAUGAUUUAUAUAAAGUUAACGAAGAUUGUGGAGCCGUAAAUGUGAAAGUGCUCAGAAAGGCUGGUUCGCGUGGUAAGGUUUACUUGCCUUACCAAACUGUGGAUGGAACGGCAAGAGGGGAAGACAGCGGUUCGACGCUAGGAAAGGAGUGGCAAGGACAUCAUUUUAUGACUGAUGAUAACAAAAAUAAGCAAAAAAACCCCUUAAAAUCGUCGCUACCAUCUAUAGAGUUGAACACGGUCAUCGCAGAUGAUCAUAAAAUAUCUCAAACUUCCCAAAAUACCCAGAAAAGCAGCAACAUCAUAAUGGAAGAUGGGGAAGAUGGCUCUGGAAAUCCUAAAGACUUCGAAAGGACUAAAGGUUAUCUUGUCUUCGAAGACGAGCAAAUCGAGGGUUACAUAUUAAUACGUAUAAUCGAUACUGAACAAUACGAAAAAAAUGUAUCGUUUGAACUCAAGUUAGGACAACCAAUAUGGAUAAAAAAUUCAGAUGAAGACUCAAUUAUUGACCCAAAUAGUCCCAUACCCAAAAGCCCCAGACCUUCGAUAUUUAACAACAAAGUUGACCCUUCCACAUUAGGAUCUCCCGUUCUUGGAGACAUUUCUUCUUGCACUAUAAACAUCAUCGAAAGCAAAGAUUUUAAACUCACAAUAGACAAACUUUUGAAAAAGACCAACAUCGCAUUUUUGGUUGGAACAUCGACUUGGAAGGAUCAAUUUAUAGAUGCUUUUACCAUUAAUCAACCCGAAGAAACAGAAAAUGGAGAGGAAAAAGAAGGUGUGGAAAAGGAAAAUGCUCCCUCUUGCUGGGAUUAUUGUCUACAUUACAUUACUCUGUUCUGGAAAAUUUUAUUCGCUUUCGUACCUCCUACUGAUUAUUGGGGUGGCUGGUGCUGCUUCAUAUUCGCUAUCAUAUGGAUAGGCAUAUUGACAGCUGUGAUUGGCGAUUUAGCCUCUUCAUUCGGAUGCACAAUAGGACUCAAAGAUAGUGUCACGGCUAUAUCGUUCGUCGCCUUAGGCACUAGUGUACCAGAUACUUUCGCUAGCAAGGUAGCUGCCAUGCAAGAUGAAUACGCCGAUGCCAGUAUUGGAAAUGUGACAGGAAGCAAUGCUGUCAAUGUUUUCUUAGGAAUAGGAUUGGCUUGGGCCUUAGCCGCUAUAUACCACGCUGCGAAAGGAACUCCAUUUUUGGUUGACCCCGGUUCUUUGGCCUUUUCCGUAACGAUAUAUUGUGUUUUAGCGGUGAUCGCUGUUGCAGUCUUAAUGGCAAAGCGCGCUAUAACGAAAGGCGAACUUGGUGGCCCUAUGAUGUGCAAAGUUAUUACAGCUUGUAUUUUCUUCAUUUUCUGGCUGAUUUAUCUGGUUUUGGCUAGUUUGGAGAGCUACUGUCACAUCAAGGGAUUUUGAAAUAUUUUUUAAAUAUUCUAAGAGAAAAAGAGAUGAAAUAUAGAAUUGUAAGAUUUUUUUAGUACAAACUUUUUUUGUAAAAUACUAUUUGAUUUAUUUUGAUACUCUACAUACAGUUGUAAUAAUAUUGAGAAUAUUCAUGUUGAAAAAGAAUAUUAAAUCGCUAUUUUAAUUAUUAAUUAUGUGGAAUAGUUAUUAAAACCCCCCAUAUCUUCUAUAUAAAUCAAUCUACAAAUUUACAAACACAGCCAAGACUUAUAUAAAAUACUA